UCCGGUGCCAAGUCUUUCUGGUUGGAAACGGCGCACGCCGAGCGCACGGCCGCGUUCAAACCCCCCUCCACGUCCCCGGCUUUAACCGCGACGGUUGUAGUGAACGAAGCCUGGGGGUAUUUCUCGGGAGAUGAAAAUGACAUGAGAGAUGUAGUGUAGAGGGCGGCUCAGAUCACCCAGCUGAACGCCGGUGGCUCCGUGCGUAACGCGGCGGCGCGAGCAGGUGGAUGGGGAGGCUGGCGGGAUGAUGGAGCUUCCCAGCGGGUCGCUGCAGAUCCAGCCCGCUCCCCCGCUGCAGGACACCCCGGACCCGAGGCAAGGAUGAAUCUAUAGGUGCAAAUAUCGAUCUUGUCUUUUUCUUGUCUUUCUCCACCUGGAUUGUCAAAACCGUGGCUCCUCAUUCAUGAAAGUCCUUGGUCAGUCGGGUCCCCAGAGCCCCAGUUCCGUAGACUUCAAAUUCUCACAUUUCCAGCAGCUUUGCUAUUAUCUUUUAUCCCACAAUAAGCCCCUGGAAAUCAGUGAUUUGAAACACAUAGCUCAGAUCGGUUAAUGUCAAUCUUCCCCUUAUACUUUUAUGAUUGCACCCUCACUUCUUCGUCUCAUCACCUGUAGACACUUUUUGAUUGAUAAUAAUCCCCCUCAAAAACCAUGGCCUUGGAUCUGUGGCCCUUCCUCCCACCUUUACCCAACACCUCCAUCCCCGAGCCCCUGCUGUACGACUCCUACAUCCCUGGGAAUGACUCGGACCUAGACCUGAACAUCACAGAGAGCAGGGAGCCUCACCAGGACUCCACCAGCUCAAUGGUCAUCACCUUCAUCUACUUCAUGGUGUGCGCUGUGGGAUUAUGUGGCAACACCCUGGUCAUCUACGUUAUCCUGCGCUAUGCCAAGAUGAAGACGGUGACCAACAUCUACAUCCUGAACCUGGCAGUGGCGGAUGUCUUGUGCAUGAUGAGUCUGCCAUUCAUCGCCAUGCAGCUGGCGCUGGUCCACUGGCCCUUUGGAGAGGCUCUGUGCAGGAUGAUCUUGACUGUAGACUCUCUCAAUCAGUUCACGAGCAUCUUCUCUCUCAUGGUGAUGAGCAUCGAUCGAUACCUGGCUGUCGUGCACCCUAUUAGGUCAACAAAAUGGCGAAAGCCCCGCUUCGCCAAGCUGAUUAACCUCACGGUGUGGAUUGUGUCACUGCUCGUCAACCUACCCACUAUGAUCUUCAGCAGUCUGGAUAAGGUGCCGGUGUGUGGGAUCGUGUGGCCCGAACCGCAGGAAGUCUACUACACAGCUUUCAUAUUCUACACCUUCUUCAUUGGGUUCUUCUUGCCACUGGCAGUGAUCUGCAUGUGCUACCUGCUCAUUAUAGUGAAGGUGAAAUCCUCUGGGAUGCGCGUGGGUUCCUCAAAGCGCAAACGUUCGGAGCGCAAGGUGACACGGAUGGUGUCCAUCGUUGUGGCGGUGUUCGUCCUGUGCUGGCUGCCUUUCUACCUUUUCAACGUGACCUCGGUCACCGGCACCAUCAAGCCCACCUCCGCCCUGAAGAGCACGUUCGACUUUGUGGUGGUGCUCGGCUACGCCAACAGCUGCGCCAACCCCGUCCUGUACGCCUUCCUGUCGGACAACUUCAAGAAGAGUUUUCAGAACGUACUGUGUCUGAAAAAGGUGGCGGGGCUGGACGAGAUGGAGCGCAGUGACAGCAGGGCGGACAGGAGCAGGAUGAUCAACGAAGCAGCGCUCAUCCAGGCCAACCUGGAGACUCAGAACGCCGCCCUGCUCAACGGCGAGCUGCAAACCAGCAUCUGAUGUCAAAGCAGUGGCCAUUACGUCCAGAGAUGGUAAAUGAAACUGCCUCUUGACCGAUGGGUUACGUAGUGCCCUGCUAUUGACCUGUGAUAAAAGCUUUGAGGGGAAGAGAAUGACGCCAUUGCUGCUCAUUGACACUGACACAUGAGCAAAGUCUGAGUGAAAAAUAAACAACUUCUGAAGGGGUUUCCAGAGGUCAGGGGAACUGUAUUGACUCCAGCUAAAAGCUUGAAGAUUGCGUAAACCUUGCUACAAAAAAACAGUAUUUUGACUGAAGGAAUUUUCAAAAUUGCAGUAAAAUUUAAAGUUGAACUCAAAUGUUCAUUAUGCUGUUAGUGCCUGCCAGUUUGACUUAUCCAAGAUCGAAGCAAGACGGAGGAUAAGCACCAUUUUUGCAGUAUUUGAUUUUCUUUUCCCUUUUUUCGCUGGCGAAGUUGGCCAAUCAUUUUAACAGCCCUUCAACAACAAAGAUCUGAAACCCCAAUAGUGUUGCUGUCAAUUUUUUUUUGAAUAGACAUUUUUAGUUCGGUCAUAUUAUCAAACAAAAAAAGAAGAAAGAACCAGAAUAGCAGUGGUCUUAUACAUGUGUGUUUUUUGGGACUCUCGCUGUUAUCUUCAAAGGAGAGGCAGCAUUGAUCUGUGGACUCUUGAAAUCAAUCCUGGAUUAUUGAUAAAGGAUGGGAAAUUAUACCUGCAGGCACUCUAACUUUGCUCCUUCAAAAUGCAGCAACUCUGUACAUAAGACAUGAGCUUCUGUCUGUCUCUGUGAAAAAGUAUCAUACACUCUGUUCACAAUGAAAUAGUUUCUAAAGGCAAUCCCUGCUUUAACAUUUGGUAUUAUUGAGCUUGUGAAACCAUCAUUUGUACAGUUUAUUCUGUCCUGACCUUUCCAGGAGUCACCUGUUCUGCUGCUGGUGUCAAGAGCCCAUAUCUUCUUCAAA